AUGAGUUUCGCACGAUCAGUACCUUUAAAAAACAAUGGUAUUAAAAAUGAAAGACCACCAUUACCAACUCUACCUAAACUACCAUCGCGUCUACAAUCAAAACAUUCAACUGUUUCUUCGAAUACAUCGAAAUCAGAUGUAAAAGUUCAAUUAUCGGCGAUUCCUAAUCAGGAUGAUCUGAAUGUUAUUGUUAAUAAUUUAUCAACUAUCGUCAAACGAUCAGAAAAAUUAUUAACACCUGAUAAACCAUCACAACUAGCUGCAACAAUUCGUCGAACAUCAUCAUUACAUAUAACUAAUCGACAGAAUCUUUCAAAUUCAUUUGUUAAAACAUCAAAUUCUCAUCAUGAUACAUUAACUGAAUCAAAUUUAGAUCUAUCUCGAUCAAAUAUUCAACGUCGAUCAUUACGUCAUGUUGAAAAAUUUGCUGGUAUUAAAUGUCAUUUACCAUCGGCAACAUUAACAAUACCACAUACAUUUAAAGGUCUUGAAAAACAUGGUACACCAACAAAACCUAAGCAAACAAAUAUUUCUUUAUGUAAUAAUCAAAUAACACCAACAGCAUCGAAUGAAAAAGUUAAAAGUCCAUGGCGAUUACGUUUUGAAAAGUUCUUAAAUCAUCAAGAACUUACACCUAUAUCACCAGCAAAUGAAUCAAUUGCUUUUCCAACAGCUAAAACAUCUUCAGUAAAUAAAGAAAAUCGUACGCCAUCAUUUCGUCUUCCAACACGUAGAAUAAGUAAAAUUCAUUCAAUACCAAAAAAAGAUGAAUAA